UGAUCCUAAAUCACGCCAAGCCUCAAAAUGAUGUUCUGAUCUGCAGCGAGGCACGAGUAUUGAUUGGCUUUCCUACCCACAUGGCGCCUAAUUGCGUCGGAUGCGACGCGCUCUUUUGCACUGCCUCCCGGUGAGGUGCCCCGCUAACAUGAUCAGACGACUGGUAUGAGGAAAGGCAGACCAGUACUCCAGCUUUUCUUCUUGCUUUGGAUGAUUAUGCUUUUUCAUAAAGGCAAAGCUUGGCAGUUACAUGUGCUUGAGAUUGCUUUUCCUCCGUCUUUCGCGGGCGGAGAGCUUUGUGAGUUCAUUUUGCUCAGAUUCUCGAUCAAGAGGCGAUACCGUACGAUUUUUGAUAGUUCCCAAAGCGGGAAAGGCCUAAUAAGAAAACACAAGGUUCUGUCGCGCUGAUUGUACAGGCUUUCCAGGGCCGACCUGGCAGUAUAAUAAGGGCAAGGGCAUGAUAGAGGCGGUUUUUAACGUGCCCUUUCGCCUUCAGCGAGUUCUUUCGUUCGCCUCCCUGCUCAUUCCGACGGUUUUUCAUUUUUUGAUCAGCAAGUCCAUUCGUUUUUAACAAAAUGAUCACGUCGGCUUUGCUUGCUCUCGCUGUUGCGAACGUUGUACGAGCGCAGUCCACUGCUUCGUUGUUCCCCGUUGGAUUCCAGGGAGAUGACUUGCAGGGGACAGUCGUAGGCACUGGCGCACAGGGUACGACUUACGUUCUCUCCGCAACAUUCGGUGACCUUGGGAUACCGUAUACCCUUACUCUCGUUCAGGGCUCAACAUAUCUCUCGGAGGGCGCUGACAUCGUCACUGCCGGUAUUACUGUACCAAUUGAUGCGGAGUGCGGCAUCCAAGGCAGUAACGCAGUCUGUACAGAAGUAGUUGGUUCAGGAAUCGAUGGGACUACAAUCACCGAGUCGGGUCCGAUCUUCCUCACUGCUGUCCCCGUCAAUGGGGCCGUUAACAGCGGUGCUACGACGCGGAGUUCAAGCCCAAGUGUCACGUUUACGGGAUCGCAGCUUCCCCCUGAACUUACGCAAACAUCAGAUCUCCUCGGGUCGCUUGGCCCCACUGCAACUGGGUCAAGCAGUGGAAACGGUGGUGGUAUCGGUGUCCCAGGUGCUUCGGGCAGCGGUGCGAUGCAAAUCAGCAUUAUUAGUGUUUCAUUACUCCUUCCUGUCCUUUCUGUCAUUUUCAACAGCCUCUAAAAAAUCGCCUUUCUCGUUCGUAUUAAUUUACCCAAUAUUCUGGACUAUUCACUCGUUCAUGUAUAUGGAUUUUAAUGGGGUUUAGUUUUUAUUUUUUAUUUUGCUUUAGUAUUAUACCAGUGAUUGAAUUACGAAUACGAAUACACUCAAGUUUAUUGGGCUCC